CUUUGGGAAUAUGUGCGCAUAGAUUUUUGGAGUGGUAUGACCAUCAUUUCUGGACACAACUGGACUCGCCACGGCCCCGGGCAAAUGCUAUGAGCCGAGUGACCGGGAACGAGGAACAUCAUGAAGGAAAAAUCGAAAAACGCGGCGCGGACCCGGAGGGAGAAAGAAAAUAGUGAAUUUUAUGAACUGGCGAAGCUGCUGCCGCUGCCCUCCGCCAUUACGUCCCAACUGGACAAGGCGUCCAUCAUCCGCCUGACCACGAGCUACCUGAAGAUGAGGAGCGUGUUUCCUGAAGGUCUGGGGGAGUCCUGGGGCCACGUGAGCCGUACGUCUUUGGACGGAGUCAGCCAAGAGCUGGGAUCUCACCUUCUGCAGACUCUGGACGGUUUCAUCUUUGUGGUUGCUCCAGACGGAAAAAUCAUGUACAUUUCAGAAACGGCGUCUGUGCAUUUAGGCCUGUCCCAGGUAGAGUUAACUGGAAACAGCAUUUAUGAAUACAUCCACCCGGCUGAUCAUGACGAGAUCACGGCUGUGCUGACAGCUCACCAGCCCUACCACUCCCACUUUGUACAAGAAUACGAGAUGGAGCGCUCGUUCUUUCUACGUAUGAAAUGUGUGUUAGCCAAAAGAAAUGCCGGGCUCACAUGUGGAGGCUACAAGGUGAUCCACUGCAGCGGGUACCUGAAGGUCCGUCAGUACAGUCUGGACAUGUCUCCAUUCGAUGGGUGUUACCAGAACGUGGGUUUGGUGGCAGUGGGUCACUCUCUGCCUCCGAGCGCUGUCACAGAAAUCAAACUUCACAGUAAUAUGUUCAUGUUCAGGGCCAGUCUGGACAUGAAGCUCAUCUUCCUCGACUCCAGAGUGGCUGAGUUGACCGGGUAUGAGCCUCAGGACCUCAUCGAGAAAACCCUGUAUCACCACGUCCACAGCUGUGACUGCUUCCACCUGCGCUGUGCCCACCACCUCUUGCUGGUCAAGGGACAGGUCACCACUAAAUACUACCGCUUCCUGUCCAAACAUGGUGGCUGGGUUUGGGUGCAGAGCUACGCCACCAUCGUCCACAACAGUCGUUCCUCCAGACCCCACUGCAUCGUCAGCGUCAACUACGUCCUCACGGACACGGAGUAUAAAGGCCUGCAGCUGUCUCUGGACCAGAUCUCUUCCAAGUCCUCGUUCUCGUACAGCAGCAACUCGUCUACAGACCGGCCCCGAGGAAGAGUCCCCCGCCCCAAGACUAAAGCCAGACUCUCCCCAUACACUCAGUUUGGUGGUUUCCAGGCCGAGCGCUCAGAGUCUGACAGAGACAGUCCCUGGGGGAGCAGUCCUCUCACAGACUCCGCCUCUCCUCAGCUUCUGGACCACAGUGAAUCUCUGGACUCCUCCUGCGUCUUUAGACAGUUCACUGACCCCAGGACACUGUGCUACGGGCUGACAGAGGAGCAGUACCACCCCCAACCAGAGGGGCACUCUCACCACCUACACUCACAUGCACAGGGUCACGGCUGUGAUAGGGGGCGCUGUGAGGCGGGACGAUACUUCCUGGGUCCUCCUCCCACGGGCAGAGAGUCGUGGUGGGGCGUGGGACGCUCUGUUCUGGGGAAAGACUCAGCGGAGGCGUAUGACAACAGCCUGCCUCACCUCACUGCAGUGCACAGCUACCACGGUCGCAGUCACUGGGAUGAGGACAGUGUGGUGAGCUCUCCUGAAGGGGGCUCUACCAGCGACUCUAGCCCCCCUCAGCCACCCAGCCGAAUCCAGAGCCUCAUCCGCGCUACGCAACAGAUGAUAAAAGAAGAAGAGAGCAGACUAAAUGUACGCAAACUCGCUCAGGACGUCCCACUAGGCCCUGCUAACGGCCUCCCCAAAGCCCCCUGCUACGCCCCCGACUACCCCCCCACCCCUUUACCCCUACAAACCAUGGUAUGCAGAGGGAUAAGUCACGUGGUUAGCCCAAACGCUAGCCCUGCUCCUCUGUCCCGACUCUGCAGUCCUGUUUCGAAACCAAAAGACUACCUUCAAAAUGACUUAUCUCCCUCUAUCUCUCUACCGUUGCAUCACUCGUUUGUCAGAGCAGGUGCUUGUUCGGGGUCGCCCACGCCAGCACCCGCCCUGUACCCUUCUCACCCACAUACCCACAAACACCCGGCUUACUCCUUCAACAGUUACACUUUGGACAGUAUCUACGACGCGGACUCGCUAAGAAGUUCAACGCACAUGGAGAUGGGCGCUCAUGCACGGUUAGUGUCAGAGCAAAGCCAAGCACUUAAAGGGACUUCAGUAAUUAUCGCCAACGGCAGCUAACGGCUAACAGCCAACUACUUGUCAGAGAAUGUGUAACGGCUAGAAAUCUGUUGGGUCAUAAACACUUUCCCAAAAAACAAAACGUCAAAAUUAGUUAAAAUUUGUAUACAUUUGGGAUUUAUUUGAAUUAUUUUUGUUAUUUCCUCAAUUUGUAUUUGUUUAAAUUGCAUUUUUUGAAGCUGGGGUACCCAUCUGUGGUCUUGUACAUGAGAACAUAGAGUUUAUUGUGGAAGUAGCAUUAGACUCGAUCUGAUGCUGCUCACUGUUUGGACCUAAUUGUUAAACAUUUUAUCAAUCGCAAACUCUUGGUACGCCUAUAUUUUGGGAUAAGAGCAUUUUGGUUGUGGGACGAUGGUCUACUCCUGCUUCCCUUUAUGUCUGAAGAAGUUCUAAAGCUGUGCACAAGCUCAAAAGUUGAUGCAUGUGAAUACUAGAGAUGUGCCAAAGAGUUGGAGAGAACCAGGAACCAGUCUGAUGCAGGGCACUAGGGCGACUGUGGCUCAGAGCUCUUAUCCACUGAGCUGAAAUUCUGUUAUUGUGUUCUUAGGCAAGACAUUUCACCAUAGACUGUAUAUAUAAAUGGGCAUAGCUAGCUCACCAGCUGCCACGUACCAAACAGGAAGUGAGCAUGGGCGCGGUUCCAGCUUCAUCGAUUCAUUCACUUUCUAUUGAACAGCAGUCACCCCUCUCAUUUUGGCCUUAAAAUGUUCGUAUUAUCCUGCUCUACAUGAUCCUAGAAUAUUUUUUUCACAAUUUUGUUUCAAAAUCAAGAUAUGAACAUUAAUUACAGACAAAAUUAGGCACCUUCUUUCUCUGAGGUUGCUCCCGCUAGUGUUGGCAACAGGUUUGAUUGAC